AUGCCUCUUGGGCCUCCAUCGUCCGCGCUCAACAUCCAGGGCCCCUCAACGGGCGAUGCCCUUCAGAACGCGCCACGCGCACCGACGCAUAUUACGAUCCACCCCGUAGCGCUCUUCUCUAUCCUCGACCACUACCUACGGCGCACGGACUCCCAACCACGGGUCAUUGGCACCCUCCUAGGCACGCGCCACGAGAAUGAAGUCGAAGUUCGGUCGUCCUUCGCCGUCCUCCACAGCGAGACGGACGAACAAGUCGCCGUAGAUAUGGACUACCAUCGGACGAUGUACGAAUUGCACCACAAGGUGCACCCAAAGGAGGUUAUCGUCGGCUGGUACUCGACGGGAUCAAACCUCAACACCUACUCUGCUCUCAUCCAAAAUUUCUACUCGCAAGAAACAGUCAAUCAUCCCGCUAUCCAUGUUUCUGUCAAUACGGGUGUUGAGGAAGGCCAGGAAGCUGGCGUAAAGGCUUAUAUCAGUUCACCUGUCGGAACAGUUCCAAAACCAGAAAACUGUGUAUUCAUUCCCGUUCCAGUGGAACUGCGUUUCCACGAUGCGGAAAGAAGUGGACUCGACCUCCUUCUGUCCACCGGAAACUCGCCAACAUCAACCUCCUCUCAACCAGUAGCUGAUCUCGAGAUUAUUGAGCGAUCGAUUCUGGCAGUCUCUGAUAUGCUGGAUCGGGUGCUGGCUUAUGUCCGGGAUGUUCUCUCGGGACAGAGGAAAGGCGACCCGGCAGUUGGUCGGUAUCUCAUGGACACCUUGGGUGCAAGCACCGACGACUUAGAAAAGGGUGGUUUCAAUGCAGCGCUGCAGGAUACAUUGAUGAUUUCGUAUCUUGCUAAUCUUGUACGGGCGCAAGCGGAGGUUUCCUCACGGCUCGCUCUCACAGCAGCGGCUUAG